ACUAUUAAUUCAUUGCAAAAUAUUUUAUUGACUAUGUUAUCUUUCAGUGCUAUAAGAUCUGCUUUAUUUACAAGCCCCAAUGUCAUAAAAUGAACCUUUAUUUAUUACAAAGAACAAGAAACAUCACAUUCAGUAUUCAUUUGUGAAGUAAUUGAUUCAGUUUUCUAGUGUUGAAAGAAUGCACGGCAUUCAUUUAUCUUAUCAGGAUAGACCGAACUAUUAGUGAGAGGAUUAGUAAGUGUAGUUACUCAAGUUCAAGUGUGAUGAAGUUUUCAUGUUUAGAAAUGAGACAUAUAAUUUGUAUAAUAUUAUUUUUUCUUCAUAGUACAAAUUCUUAUUCCAUUACGAAAAAUGGAGAUGCGGACUAUACUGAGGAAGAAAUCAAUUAUUUGUAUCUCACAAGCAUGAUGGAUUUAAUGAGCAAUUACUCAAUAUCAGACUCGGAGAAAUUUUUCCCAUUCUCAUCAGACUUUGAAGUUGAAUUUUACCUAUUCACCAGUGAUCCUCAUACUUACGAAGAACUGAUCACUGGAAAUAUUAGCAGUGUUACAAAUUCAAGUUUUGAUUUUGCGAAAGAAACAAAAAUUCUUGUUCAUGGCUGGCUAAGCAGUGCUUUUUCUGACUUCAGCUAUGAAAUGUUAAGUGCAAUUCUCCAGAACAAAAACUGCAAUGUAAUAAUAGUUGAGUGGCCAUCUGUAGCACUUUAUACGGUGGCCCGUAAGCGAGUCAACAAGGUUGCAAGUGAAUUAUCACGAUUUUUGGACUUUUUAAUAGACGAAGUGCAUGUGAAUGUGAGCACCGUGCACGUUCUGGGACACAGUUUGGGAGCACAUGUCGCGGGAAUUGCUGGAGGACAAAUGAAUUCGACAAAACUGCCACGUAUUACAGGUAGGAGCCCUAUGAUGGAUUAUUUUAUGAGCUUCAACUUGAGCAUCAAUCAUAAGCAACAUUAAAAUAUGAUAUUUCAUAAAGUUGAAAGAUGAAUUCAUAAUAAAUAACUAUCCAUCAUUCAAAUUUUAUUUUUAGAUCAUUAAAUUUUUUGGCUAGUUUCGCUGAAGAAAAACUACGGUACAGUAGGCUACUCUUUCAUGCCACCACAGAAAUAUUCGCAUUUAUAUUGGUGAACAAUAAUGACUAAUUUCAAAUGGUGUGAGAAUCCAUCAAUUGUUCAUGA